CUUUCAAUGCUAAAAUAUUAGCAGUUGCAGCAUUGUAUCCAUCGUCGUCGCAUGAACUCGAUACCACUUGUUGCACGUGAAGGUUAUUUAAAAACUAUAAACUUAAACAUGAAAUUAAGUUUGUAUUUAAUUGCAGUUCUAGUGCUCGCUGUAUCACCAAUCACAGGUGAAACAGAGAAGUGGGACGAAUGUGGUCACGAUUUGAGCAAACCAACUGGACUAGAUAGUCUCGUUGACUUGAAAUUUCUAGGCAGAGUUCUGAGGAGUCUUGUGCCAUUUCAGAAACCAGAUGUGACAAUGCAUUUCUAUCUGUAUAAAAGGGCGUUUCCAACUUGUGGCCAGGAACUACGCAUGGAUGAUGAUUCUCUUCAGAAAUCGGAUUUCAACAAGAAUCAUCCAACAAGAAUCAUUAUUCAUGGUUGGCUGAGUCAAAGUAAGGCAUCUCUAAAUCGUGACAUCAAAGACGCCUACUUAGAAAUUGGUGACUUCAAUGUGAUCAUAGUCGACUGGAGUAUCGCAUCGAGCACCCUCAACUACUACAGAGUCGUGAGAUUGAUUGAAGAUUUCGGUCAAGUCGUUGCUGACUUUGCCAAGCAUCUACACAACACACUGGGUGUGGACUAUGACAGCAUUUAUCUGAUCGGUCAUAGUUUAGGUGCACAAAUUGCUGGCAGUGCUGGAAAACGUCUGAAACCGGGACAAUUCAACACAAUUUUUGCACUCGAUCCAGCUGGACCGGCUUUUCGAGAGAAAGACUUGGAGUGUAGAAUUGAUCCGACCGAUGCGAAGUACGUGGAGUCGAUUCAGACCAGUGUGAAUUUGGGAUUGCUUCAGCCUGUGGGUAAUGCAACAUUCUUCCCCAACAAUGGAGUCUACCAGAAGUGCUUGGGUUUUGGAUGUUCACACAGUCGAGCUUAUAAAUUCUUCGCAGAAUCAAUUGUUAGUUCGACGGGAUUUUGGGGAACUGUGUGUGAUAAUGAGACCAGAAAGUGGCAUUGCCCGGAAAAGGGCAAGCAAUAUAAAAUGGGAGGUGAGCCUUCAAGUCCCAAAAGUGGUACAUUUUAUGUACGAACUCGAACCAAGUCACCAUAUGCGAUAGGGAAAAAUUUAAAAUACGUUUAUUCUUAAAGAUUUUUUACAAGUAAAGCUUUUUAAAGUUAAUUUUUAUGAGAUCUUAUGAGACUGUUAUAUAAUGCAAGAACAAUUGUGUGAAUAUUUUUUUAGAAUUAAUUAUAAAGUAAUAAUCAUGAUUGAAAGUGACUAUUCACGCAAACUUGAUCUUGAAGUGGUGGUAGUUUUGCGAAGUGACGUACAAAGAAAACAUAUCUAAGAAAAUGGCUUUAAAAAACUCAACGCAAAUACAAAACUUUUAAAGGAAAUAUUUAGGAUCUUUAAUUUAUAAUUAAGUUUAAAUUAGAUUUUUUUUAUAAUUCAAUUAUUUUAUAAUGAAAUAGAAAAAAAUAAUUAAAUUCAAUUCAAUUCUGGAAACGAAA